AUGGCGGUUUGGUACACAACAAUGAUUCUGUUAACACUUGGACUCUGUGCUGCAACCUAUAAUAUAUGCCCAGAAAACUCCGUUAACAGUACUCAUAGUGCUUUUGGUGCAACCAAUUACGUUCAAAAAGGCGUGUGGCACCAAGUACCUUGCCCGUCCUUUCGUCCCGAUGAGGCUAUUAGUCGGGUCAUUUGGUACAAACAGGACAGUCCCACGACUCCUGAGCAAACGUUGAUCACUCACAAACAUAACGCAGACUACCCAGAGAGCGACAGGUACGCGUUCGGGACGUCUGGUUUCAGCCUCGUCAUUGAAGGUGUCGAGGAGAGUGAUGGAGGAAGGUAUCUCUGUCAAGUCUUACCACGUGACACAAUAUCUCGACUUGAAGAAAUCAGCAUCCAAGUUAUAGGUGACACCUUUCCAGGAGGCAGUGGUCAGGCAUCUUCCACUGCUAGUUUCCAGCGAGGACGCAGACAGACGCUACUGUGUGAGUGCGCGUCACAGACACCAGAAGUAGUGUAUUGGUCAACGGGAGAGGGCGGCACUACAGAUACACAGAUCAUAGCUGCUCGUUUCUCCGAUGGUACUACCCUGCAGAUUCAACAUGGCGCCGAUUUCAACGUUGGUAGUGACGCUUCACUUACAAUCAACUCCCUAAAUGACGUGCAAGAUGCACAGAGAUUCUGGUGUCACGUGUUCCAGUCAGAUGGUACUCUCAGAAAUUGCGACACCAAUGCCCAGAUAUCAGACGAGAUGGAAUCAGCGAGUGAUGCACUGAAGGCCUCGGAAAGAUCUUUCUACCUGCGAGACGACUCACAGCAGAUACUCCCUUGUCUGAGCUGGACACCUGGCGACACAGCUUGUGAGGUGGAGUGGAGUAAGCUCGACAACCCAGAUCGACAAAUCCUCAGUUACAACCUGUCGACUGGUGUCGUCGAUUCUAGUCCUGAAUUAGAUCUCGCCAGUGACUUUGGUUUGGUGAUUCAGUCAGUUGAUGAUGACCAUGCUGGCGUGUAUCGAUGUGCUGUGGGAGAUGAAAACCAGAUAGAUGUUGAAGUCCGAGUGAUAGGGGAUCGCUUUCCAUUGGAUGGAGGUAGCGCUAAAGAAGGUGACAGCGUGACCAUCAAACCUGAAACUAGAUUUUCUCUUCAAUGUCCGGCUCUCUCAGACAUCUCCUUGACAACGAAGGCAACUUUGUUCUGGUCCUUUGGUGCCAAUGAUGCAGAGUCUGCCACUGUGAUCGGCACACUGAAUCUACCAGAUGGUCCCCAGAAGAUGUAUGAUCUUGGAAAGGACUGCCUCGGCAUAUCAAUGGAGGGCGCUCUGCUCUUUAAUAACUGUUCCCAAGAUGAUGAUGUCAGAUACUGGUGUCAUGUCUUCCCUGCGAAUGAUAAUCUGAUCAGGUCUUAUGUGGAUGUGUUGAUAGAGAAUUCAAACGGUGGUCCUCGAUCGUCCAAUGUCUUUGUCAUCGCUGUUUGCGUGACUUUAUUCGUCAUCGUUCUUGGGAUUGUUGUUUUCCUGAUCUUGAAGCGGCGUCGACGAUCUUUGCAUUCUAGAGAAGACAAGGAGAAAGGUGAUUACAAAAGGCUGGAUAAGCAAGAAUCCGUCCCGGAGUUGGAUUUGAAGACGCUUGCCUCAAAGAUCAAAAUGUUUGUGAUCAGCAAAUUGGGCAGAAUUCCUAUUACGCCAUGGGUUGACGGGGACGAUGCUUGCUUCGCAUCAAUAAGUACAGUCUACAGACCCUUAGAGAUGUUCGCCAAUGUCUCCUACGGAGGUAGUACUGUAAAGUAUCAAUUAGACUCGGAGUCUGGUAUCUUUGAUGAUGGUAUUCCAGAAUUUGCCAGUAAGCAUGCUAUAAUACAAGGUAGACGGGGUUGUGGUAAGACUACGUUUUUGUACAGACUGAUAUACGACUGGGCCAUGGGAAGGGAAGGUGCACUAUGGGGUAGUGAUCAGAUAGUUGUUCUUGUCCCAGCUUGGUUGCUUAUUAAAGAUAAAACCAUCGGUAAAGCAGUCGUUGAAUGCAUGCUUCCAAAAGACGCAAACAUUUCGGCCGAAUCUAUUAAUGCACACUUCGCACGAGACAAAAGCAACCUGACAGUUUUGGUUGAUGACUGUAACGACAAGGACGACAUCGACGCUGUCAUGAAAGUAAUGACCGACAAUGGAUUUCUAGGCUGUCAAUUAGUUUUGACCACUGGAAACGUAGAGCUUGCAAAAGCUGCGUCACAUAAACAUAACAUGCGCUAUGUCAUCAUUACCGGCUUUACGUUAAGAAAUGCUUUGGAAUACAUCAAUGUAGUUUUGGAUACUGCUGAAGUUAGGAAUAAAGCUACCCCUGAGCACAAGGCAGUCAAGAGUAAAGCUGAACCGAAAUCAGCUUCGACUGCAGACAGAAACAUUGAGCAGCAUCUGCCCAAGGCGGAAGACUCUCUAACAGUAUCAGCUCCUCCAGAAACAAAGGACAGCACGGUCACUGGUAGAUAUCCUAAGAAGACACCCAGAACACCUACAACAAACAACAAACGAAAUCUUCAUCGAUAUCUAGAAGAGUUAAUUCUUCAAACGGAUAUUUCAUGUCUCCCAGCUGUCUUGGUAGCACUCUGUCAAUUGUCAAUCUGGACAAAAGGCGAUGCCUUCAAACCUGACGUUACCAUGUCAAAUGUGAUCUUCAGAUUGGUCAAGUGUAUGUUCGACAGGAUGAAAGGGAUGGAAGUCGGUGUCAAUGAGGGACACCAACUCAGUCUGCUCACAGAAGACCAACUGAACGUACUGGCAGAGCUUGGUAGAGUGGUUUAUUCAAGACUCGUUGAUAGUUGUUUAAAUUAUGCGGACUAUGCGGAAGAGGACUUCUUGAGUUCGUCAGAUAAGGGAGGACAUGCCUUGGAAGUUGCAAAAGAAGUUGGACUUAUUCGUCCAUUGAAGGUUGAGUCCAAAGUAGAAUCUACGGAACAAAUUACUGAAGCAGAUUUAUCAGAAGUAGAAAUACGGACAGGGUUACUUUGUUGUAAGCGGAAGCAAAAGCAACAAAAUGUGGCAAAACGAGAUCCGAUAGGGCAGGGUACAGAGCUCACCCCUCUGACAAGUCAUAAUGAUGAACGGGUUGGUUUUGUCUUGGAGAUUAUUGAGCAGCUUUGCGUUGCUGUGUUUAUCACACAGAGCACAGGACAAAUGAAAACAUUGUCAAAAGACACGAAGUUUGGCCACGGGGAGAUUCUUCAGAGGUUUUCAAAUGUAUUCCACUUUGCUAUUGAGGAUAAUCAGUUUGACAGAGAAGCUCUUGUUGAUUAUUGUGUGAAGCUCAUCAGCAGGGGAUACAGUGAAGCCAGGCCCUUCCAUGAUAUGUUGCAAUUGCAAAAGUUCAUAGAGUUGUGUCUCCAGCUAAAUUUCGAGGGGCAGUUUGAGGGCGCCUUGAACAAGAAGCUCAAAUCGAUCUUUCCUGAUGGAAGGGUCCGCUUAAUUGGGAUUUCGAGUUGCAAACUGCGUCUGUUGUCAUACCUACUCGAACAUGCUCAGCCGGAAGAUAAGAGCAAAUUGAAUGUGAAGUCGAUUGAAUUGUUACGGAUUGGUCAAUACGACUGGUCAGAGCUUGUAGAAUACAUGGAAUAUUUUAGAACCGGGAAAGGGAAACCUGAAAAUAAGAAAAAGAAGAUGGAGAUAACGACGAAAAAGAAAGCUUCGAAAACAAAAACCGAAGAUACUCAACCCUCUUCAACUGGAACCAAACAGGCACGAGCUCCAGAAGCGCAGAAAGGCGUCACAAAACUGUCAACCGAUGCCAUGGAGAUUUAUUCUAGCAUAAACGAGCCUCAGCCAAACGCAGAAAAGCAACCGAAAUCCAAAGCUGACCAAAAAACAAUCACAGAUCCACGAACCGAAGGUGACAAUAAACCGAAACUGGAAGUCCUCCAAUAUUCACCUCCAGCUGUGAGUGAAUCAUCAAACAAGGAUGGUGGCAAUGAGAAUGAAUCUAUUGACUUGUCAUUAGAUAAGAAAAUUGCAUCUGAUGAUGUAAUUGAGAGUAACAACGAUCAGGCUGUAUCGAAAAAGUUGUGUGAGAUAAUACAUUCCAGAAACCACGACAUGCCUCAGUUUCCUCCUGGAAUGUCAGACGUGAGUGUCCUCCAUACUGUGCAGUCGUUCGGUCUACAGGAGCUCUUAGAGUCACAGGCAGGGGAGUGCUACUCAUCGGGUGCAGCAAGAGACUUGGCUUGCUACCUUCCUCGUCUGGAAAUGCUUGAGAGUCUGGUUCUGGUUGGGACGAUUCUGAGUUCAGACGCUAUUUGCGACUUGGCGAAAAGGGCUCACCGACUCCAAAACUUGAAGAAGCUGGAUCUCCGUUUGAAUAGGCAGUUUGAUGAUAGAGCCUUCGUGGCGGUUACAAAUUUACCGCUACAUCAGUGCAAAAAGUUGAGGGAUCUCAGACUGUCUCUGUACAAAGUAUCCAUUGAGGGGUUUGAUGAGGUUCAGAAGGAAAUAAAGGAUGGCGAGAAUUCGUGGGACAGAUUGAAGACACUGUAUCUUCUGCAUGGAUCACCUGCUGAGAAGUUUGUAGGAUUCCUCAGCAACAGCUUACAAUACUUUCACUUCGUUGAAUGUUUUCAUUUCUCAGCCGCUUAUAAACAAGACAGAAUACCGGACAAUAUUCAGAAGGAGUUCGAACAAAAUAUGAACAAUCCGAAAGUCAUGCCAAAUCUUGAAGCCCUCGACAUUGGUAACAUGGAGACACUGCAGGCAAGACUGACGUGCUUAAAACUCCCUAAAAAGAAGAGGGGAACAGUCAUGUCGAAAAUUGUUGAGACAAUCGACAUGUGGAAAAAGACAGAAACCGAGAAUGAAAAAUCCACGACGGCAAGCGAGAUUGCAGAGUAA